UGUUACCUUUUGUUUACAUUUUUAACACUGCUGAGGUUCCGGCACUUACUAUCGCACUUCUUUGUGUAAUUUCUUUGGGAGAUUUUCCUUCACGACUGAUUUUUUUAAUCAGAAAGAAAUCUUAAUGCUUGGAUCUUCAGCUGGACGAAGCUGACAAAACCGGAACAAAUGAUGAGCCAGAGCAAGCGUAGUCAGUUGAACCUCAGGAAGCCGAUGAAUCGGUCUCAGCCUCGAAAACCACGGAAUGUGAUGAGGGGAAUAAUCUCAAACAUGUUCCUGCAGUUGAAAGAACUUUUGCAGCAAGAAAAACUCUCCUUGCUUCAUGAGCUUGAAACUCAGCUAUUUAGGAAAUUUGAUGAAUGCCAAGAGAGGCAAAAUAUUCGGAAACUUCAGGAGUUAUAUGAGUGCGGAUCUUUGAGUUUCGAGGCAAUGGAAUUAUUUUUGAACCACGUGUCCACAUGCCAACUAAAAUGGUGCCCAGUGCAUUUUUGCAACAUUACACGCAGAUUAUUGCCUGGCUCCAUGCGCCAAAUACCAGAAAAGCCAGUCAAGGAAUACAGCUUCUUUGACAAGUUGUAUCUUUUGGCUGAACAGUUUACCGGAGCACAACACGUACCAGCAGCGCCAGGAGUGAAUAAAUCAGCUGUCUCACGGAUAAAUGUGCCGAAACUGCCGAAAAAUAGAGCCAGUGCUCGAGGCCGACCAACUCGUUUGAGGAGGAAAGCGGCAUUCAUUCGAGAGGAAAAGCAGUCGACUGAGGCGAGCACCGACUCUGCCGAAACAAGCAAUCUAACUUCAGAUGGAGUAAAUGGUUCAACUGACGGUGUCUUGUCCUCGUCUGAAGGGACUUCUGCAGGGUCUGCAAAAGGUUCAAACAAGUGGAAAAUGUUGAUUACUCAAGAUUUUAGGGAUGAUUUAGCGGCUGGAUUUGUGAGAGAUUUCAUUUUCUCUACUAAUACUUUGGAAGAAGACGCUUAUCAAAAGGCAAACUCAGAGGGUGAAUAUUACUUCCUAUUUGCUGAAAAUUUUCACAAGUAUAUAUGCAAUAUGAAAGUGCAGAAGAUUGCCAAAGAUUUGAGUGCAUUAGGUGAAACUGUGGCAUCUAAGAUGGCAAUACGCAGGGAUGUCAAUGAAUCUACCAGUGAGGAAAAACAGGUGCAGCCCGAAGAUCUGACGGCCCUGCCUGAGGCCCCCACGACACAACCUGAAAUAUCAGAGACCUCAACAGUAAAACUCGAAGAGGUACGACCUGAUACACCUUCGGUUAAACCUGAGGCCCCGACAACUCAUGAACAGAAUGAGGUUACUCCUGCUCCGCCUGAUCAGCAAGAGGGACAGAAGGAAGUGGAUAAGCCCUGCGAUAAUUCUGAGAGCAAAAUCAUACUUGUUUCCCACGCACCCAACAAAACGGAACAGAUUGAUAGCAAAGUGAAAGUGUUUGCCAUCGAAGAUUAUGUACUUAAUCUGGAGCACGCGAUUGAAUGCGGAGACUCAAACUGCAAAAAGCGUGGAUGCGAUCCAGCAAAGAGAUUCGUGCAACAUUCCAGAGUCUGCGAGUACAGGGAAAAGGGCGGCUGCAACAAGGUGUGCAGGCCUUCAUUCGCAGUGUGUAGCCUCCAUGUGAGACGGUGCAACAAGACCGAUUGUCCGAUGCCCUAUUGCUCAUUUAUUAAAGGGGAAGUGGCACGGGUCAGUGCCAGGUUUUCCAACAAAAGUACCAAUGACCAGAUGGAAAAAGAGACAGUAGUGCAGCAAGAAGCUGAAGCUCAUAAAGCGACUCUACCCACAAGCCGCAUCACCUGUCCUCGCGCCAAAUUAAGAGCUCGCAGAUUGGCUGACUCGAAGUAGACACCAUGCCAAUAUUGUUCUUAUUUUCUAGGGAAAAAAAGAAUAAAAAAAUUCUUAGCUCUUUCUCAAUCA